UACCGGCCCCAGGCGCUGCCGCCGCAGCUGGCGCCGCGGCCCCCCACCGCCGCCGACGACGACCUCCAGCCCAUCGUCGCCCGAGAACAGCAGCCCCCGAGCGAUGUCGACGAAGACAGACGGGGAGGAAUCUCCGUAGAACGAACGGACCAAAAUGCCAUCUUCAUCCGUAUGGUCGCGACGCCGGCGGCGGCGGCGGCUGCGGCGCAGAGCGGGCACCGGCUGUCGGCGGCGGGGGUGGGCGCGGGGGCGGGUCCGCGCCGGCUGUCGGACGCGGACUGGCUGCUGCUGGAGGCGCUGGACACGCGCCGCUCGCGGCCGCUGCACACGGGCCGCUUCCUCACCAUGCACAAGCGCCGCCGCAAGCGCCUCACCACGCGCCAGCUGCAGCAGGACCCCGCGCUGCUCGACGACAUCCACCACGGGCAGGCGCAGUGUGUCCUGGAUCGUGUGUCGCAAUGGCCUUUCAACGCGUUCACGUUGGAUACAGUCACUGGUGGGAGGUCUCUUCCAGUCCUUUGUGUUCAUCUGUUUCAUUGGUACGGGCUAAUGGAACACUUUAAUCUGGAUGUUGUCAGGAUCUGGAAGUUAUUUACACUGGUUGAAGCUGGCUAUCAUAGUACAAAUCCUUACCACAAUUCAAUUCAUGCAACAGAUGUCACCCAAGCCAUGCAUUGUUUUCUGCAGGAGGAGAAGAUCCGGAUGCAUCUCACCCCUCUGGAGAUCAUGUCUUCAUUGAUAGCAGCAGUGACACAUGACCUUGACCACCCAGGCGUCAACCAGCCUUUCCUGAUUGCAACUUCCAAUCACCUGGCUGCCCUCUAUGAGCAUGCUCAAUCUUUCUCACCUCUCUCUGUAAUUAAGAACACUUCUGUUCUGGAAAACCACCAUUGGCGCUCUGCAAUUGGGUGUCUAUUGGAAAGCAAUGUUGCUGAACAACUUGGUGAUGCAAGACCUGAGCUUGAGAGGCAGAUCAGCUCACUUAUUCUUGCCACUGACAUCACUAGACAGCAAGAGUUCCUAACACGUUUCAAGCGUUACCUGGAUCAGAACUUGCUGGAUAUGCGUAGACCGGAAGAUCGACACUUCAUUCUCCAAAUAGCACUUAAAUGUGCUGAUAUUUCUAAUCCUUGCCGACCUUGGGAUGUUAGCCGGAAAUGGAGUCAAAAGGUUUGUGAGGAGUUCUUCCGUCAAGGUGAUUAUGAACGACAGCUGAACUUGCCAGUAACAUCAUUGUGUGAUCGGCAGACGACUUCUGUGCCAAAGAUCCAAGCGGGCUUCUUCCGGUUUGUGGUUUCACCACUAGUAGAAGAGUGGCAUCGUUUCCUAGGAACACCUCUUUCUCGUCGAAUGAUGUCUCAUCUGCGCACCAAUCAAGCACGUUGGGAAGCAUUAGUCCAGCAGGAACUAGCAGAGGAAACUCGCACAGAAAUUUCAGAUGCUGAGCCUGAACCUGAGCUUGAUGAGGAAGAUGAAGUCAUACAGGCAGAAGAGGAGGAUGGAGCGGAACUCCUUCCACUGCCUGCAGUCAUACCUGCAGCUGCUGACAUGCAACUGUAUGCAGCGCCUGCUCGUCGGCGUCACUCUGUGCCACUCAGUGCUCCUCAGCCACCACCAGUAUCACGGACCGUUAUCCGGCGGGAAAGCCUCCCUCCCCCUCCUCCACCACGUAGCCCUCGAAGGAGAGGCUCCCCCCUACCACCUCCAUCAGUUUCACCUCUUUCACCUGCUGUCAGCCCGCAACUGCUGGAUGAGCCAUCACUAUCACCACCACUUUCAUCUAGCAGUAGUAGUGGUGCGGGAGCAAAUCAGCCACCCCCAGCAGACCACAGUGCUGAGAACUUGCUACCAGAACCAAGCAUUGCUAGUAUUACAACCAGCACUGAGGCUAGCCGACUGUCGUCUGUCCUUCGAGGUUCUGUGCCAUCUUCCUCAGGAAUGAGAGGUGCAACUGCUACAUUAACACGUCAGCAAACCUUUCCCCCUCUGCAACCUUAUGUGAGGGCACGCUACUCAUCUGCAGCAUCGGCAUCGGCAGCAGCAGAACUGUCAGAGGCCGCAUCGGACUCCUCUGAUCCACCAGCAUCACCGCCACGACGUGCAUCUCUCGCAGCACCACUUCGAGAACGCUCACAUCAGCCACAACAGCACUGCAAACGUGAACAAUCUGACUGUGCUAGUGUUGGUUCAUUUUCUGGCUAUAGUCACACAGAUGGCAGUGCUCCAGCAAAGCUGCCAAAACUGAGUCCACCUCCACAGUCUCAGUCACCAACUGAGCCUGCAUCUGACUCAAAAGGUGGCCUGUGGGAAAAGGAAAACGUUGAUCCUGAUGAAAUAUGUCGGUCUGCAGCUCUGCGAAGGAAUGGUGCACAGGCUCUUGCCCGGAGGCGUGGAUCUGCUCCUGUAGCAUUACUAUUGGGACGUGCAGAAGAUCCACAGUCUGCAGGAUUAGCACUCAGGGGAGGAGGAGAGAGAUUCCUCCGACGGGGCUCUGUGCCCGUUGAUGUCAACAUCAACAGACAAAGUGUUUUGAGACCACUGGGCUUUAAAGAGAACUGUGCGCCCCCCCACUGCAUGCCGAGGCGAUCUUCGCUUCCGUAUGACUUAGUUCGUCACACCAACACAACCACCACCACCACUACCAUCACCACCACCACCUUGCCUGCCCCCUUAACCAUACCCACAGAAAAUAUACCGAGAUCCAAUGGAACAGAUGUACCAGAUACAGCAGGAACAGGACGGUGGCGCACAAGGAAGAAAAUGCUGCGACGGCGAAGUUCAGGCGGGCCAGAGAUGUUUGGUACAUCUGCACCAAAUACAGGACAACGGAGAGGAUCACUUCCAGGGGUGCUGUCAGGGGACAGCAGCUGUGCAGAAGUUGGUCUCUCCUAGAUUGUGAGAAUAUGAUACCAACUCAGGUUGAAGUGAGCCUUCAGUCUACUUCUGGACCCAACAUCAGGAAUUAUUUUUAUUACAGGUACAAAAUAGCUAGAAAAGUGUACACAGCUUCCAUCCUCAUUGAGAGUGAUAGUGCUGAAAAAAAGUGUAAUAAAUAUUUCUAUAAUAAAUGAUUUUUAAUGAUGUAUUUGAUGAAAUGGAAAGACUUUGCAACUACACAUGUGUGAGUAUGCCUUCCUGGCCAGAGUAAUAUCUUUUUAUAAAUUUAAAUCAGAGUAUGAGUGAUGAUAUAAGUAACUGAAUGAUAAAGAUGAACAGAUAUAUAAUUUUGUGACAGCUUUUCAUACUUCCCUUAAAUUAGCAUUUCAAGAAUUUUUGUGUAAUGUUGGAUAUAUAUAUACAUCUUAUAUAAAGUUUAUUUUAUAUAUCACAAACAAAUACAGGCAUUGUGUUUUAAGAACACAACUGUACGCUUAUACAUCACCGGAGUUUAUACAGAGGGAUCAAGCAAGUUAGAAGAAAUAUUAUUUGAAACAACACAGGUAGAGACAGAGUUAUUGUGUAGUUGAAAAGUCACAACAUAUAAAUAUGUUAUUUAUUUAUUUAUUUCUGUUCAUUAUUCUGGAUCAUAUAGAGCAUUUUUUGAUCAGUUGAAAGUCAUUAUUGUAAGCAUGAUGUACAUUUUUCUGACAGUCAUAGCCACGAGUGCCCCCUGUGGACUCACUGUUGGUGUCGGUGUAUAGUCAGGGGAGGAGCGCAGACAGGGUUUUGUACUCAAUCAACUGUAUACGCUUUCUCUUCUCACAGUAUCACAUAGUUUUAAAGAGACUAAAGAAACAUCUGAUGACAACAGUAAUAAAUUGUCAAUUUAAAAAGAAAGUUCAUACUCAAUGUAUAUAAAAUGAGCCUUUCACUGUGUCUACAUCUUUCUGUAUUUCAACAGUUGAAACAUUCCAUAUAAAAUGAACUUCAAACAAGACCACAGAUGAAAGGGGCUCUGGUGUAUAGAUAUUAAAUGUUGUGUCUGUUUUGAGAUGUGAAGGCUGUAUAGAUGUAGUGGAUUUGAUUUUGAAGAUGAUGUUUAAUGAUUUUGUGUUGUAUAAUUUUCAAAUGAUGCAUCUCUGGUACUUUAUCCAUAAUCAGGUAAAUACCUGAACAGUGACAUGAAAUUGUGAUCAAAGAACUGUUCAGCUGUAACUAAUCAAAGAUCUGCUGCUUUACACGAAUGAGUAUUUGAAACAAAAUAUUCACAGGGUUUACAAGACAUGUAAAUUUACAAGGCAUGUAAAUAUAGUAUCGAGUAACAAUGGAUGCAAGUAUUAAAUUUCAGUGAUGUAUGUAAUUAAAUUUUAAUUGUAAAGUACAAUCUUAUAUAGUAGGCAAUCUCUUUUAUGUACGUUGUCCUAUAUGACUCUUUAAUUUUCAGUCUGCAUGUGUUCUAUAACACUGAAUGAUCUUUAGUGUGAGGUAUGUAUUUCACAGUGUUACAAUGACAUAUAAUGUGAUGUUUAUCUAAAAUAUGCAGAGUUUUUGUAAGAAAUAUUACAGUACUGCCGUUCAGUAUAGUACAUGGAUCAGCCAUAAAUUUUCGAUGUCUAAAAAUGAUACUCUGCUACUAAUGAAGUGAACAUUCAUUUGAUGUAACAAUAAGAAUAUCAGAUACAAAUUAAAAUUAGUUGUGAUGUCUUAAACCUGUGACUGUACUCUAUAUGUUCUUUUUUCCAAGUCAUAGUGACUGUGGAAUGUGAUGUAUGUGUGCACAUCACAUUUUUGUCUUCACAUACAGUUUUAAAUAUGCUUAUUUACGAACUGUGGGAAAAUGUGCAAUAAGUCCAUGUAACAUUUCUCAUCUAUUGUAUAUCAAGUGUCGAAGUAGUAGAGGGGUAAAUUGUUACAUUCAGUGAAGGUGUUAAAAGUUUAGCAAGUAAAACUACACAUAUGUAUUUAAGAAUUAUGUUUGAAACCAUUGGCAUCAUGUUUUGUCUUGUAUUACCUGUUAUGACUGAUGAAACUGAACAAGCCAUGCCUCGUAUAAUAAAUGGAUGUGAAAUUAAUGGACACCCUACUUACAGAAGUUUUCAUUUGGCUCAGAAAUGAUGAUUAAAAAGAAAAUGGUGUAUCAGAUACCAAAAGAAACAUAAAAAUAUUGUGUGUUACCCCAUGCUAUGUUGACAAUCUGACUUUGUUUUGUACAAAUAAGAAAAAAAGAGUGGCUUAUUUUGAUAACAUUGUCCCAGAACUGUGUUUAUUUUAAAUGAAAUAUUCAUGUAUUGAUAGCCUUAAUAUUGUGUUGUGGUAAACUGAGCAAUGAAAGGUGUGCAGCAUUGUUACUAGUAAUUUAUGAUAGUCCUACUUGUUUGCUUUUCGUUUCAUUGGAACCUUUAGAUAUGUGUGAUUCUGUAAAAUAUGAGAUGUACAUAUGUAUCAUGAUCGAUGUAUUUCAUUUGUGAGUCCAUUCCAUGUUUCACAAUGUUUGUAUUGUCUUUUUUGUAUUUGUGAAAGAUGAUGAAUGUUAUUCUCCUUCUAUUGUAUGAUACUAUAUCCUCUUCUAUUGUACAUGUGAACUGAACUUUUAAAAAUGUGUCUCAAUUUUUGUAAAUAUCCAUUUUAAAUAUUUAUCUACCAGAACUCUGAAGGUGCUAUGAAACUAUGUCUCUGUUCUACAGUUAUGCCCCUCUUUGCCGUGGGCUCUCUACCUACUGACCUCCAGCAAUACUGCAUGUUUAUAUUCCAAGUAUGAAUGUUGUGUGCACCUUAAUGUUUGUUCCUCUGUAUGUCUUAACCUGUCACAAGAACAAUCAGUUUCAAAACAAAAAAAUAGAUGUUUUAAAGUAGGAAUGAAAUGAAGGAUCACAGCUGACUGCAUUAAAGUAUUAUCUUUCAAGUUCAUCUCUUAAUAUGUCAAAUAUUUAGCGUGAUGGCAUUUUUUUAACUUGUGGAAGAUUGUAACCAUCUGUAGAAUGGAAUAUCUGUUGAUGUGUGAGUGUGAGUGAGUCAGUGAGAGUGAGUGAGUGAGAGAGAGAGAGAGAGAGAGAGAGAGAGAGAGAGAGAGAGAGCAGAUCACAGCUGAACAUUUGAAACAAAAUUGACAUUGUACAAUGUUUUAUUGCUUUUUUUGUGUAAUUAUUGUGUUAUUGUGUUAGAAAUGUAAAUUGUACAUUUUUUAAGAAUAAUUGUUCCAAGUUUUUAAGACACUCUUCUGUCUGUGGAAUAACUUAAUUGACUUUGUGUUGAAUUAGCUUUGUUGGAGUUGUAUGAAAACCAUAUCAGCCUCUAUAUUUUAAAAGUAUAGAAGGUCAUGUUGAAUGGAAACAUUUGUGUGGGACAGUUAAUAACAAGAAUUUUUGUGGAUGUUGUAACCUGUUUCUUUAUAACUGUAUCGCAACAAAAAAUAAUGGUCAUAUAAGAUGUACUGUGUAACUUAAUUAUUCUUCGACAGAGAAAUGGUUGUAGAACUAUUUUCUCUGUACAUGACUGAUAUUCUGUGCAGCUGUUAGUGAAUAAAUAAUUGGAAAUCCUUUAAAUUAUUUUCAGCCUUUUCCCUUUUGUGAUGUGCUCAUCCUUUUACAGAUGAAUUUGUCAUUUUAUAGAAUGAGCAAACAUUAUGGGUCACAAAAGAUGGUAACGCAACAAAAGAUAGAGACUGGGUCAUUUGUAACCUUAGUUCCAUUUCUAAUGAACAAACUGGAAUACAUAUCAGUCAACUGUAGUGGCUUCACCUGUUGAUAAAGUGAGAUAAUUAUUAAGAUAUUUGAGACAAUGUUUGCAUGCAGCUACAUUUUGGGCUUUUCUCCUGUAGCGUGCAGGGAAAAUGUAAGCAUUAUGGAUAAGAUUUGGCAUGAUAAGAAAGGUAAAAAUAUUUUGAAGAAUUUAGUCCAGCAGUGUGAUAAACAUCUACAAUGAUUUCUCAGAAACUUAUUGUUGUUGUUUAUUAUUGUAUCUAAGAUGAACCAACAAUAUUUGGUUUCUAAAUAUUUUGAUUAUUCAGUUUCUAAUGUCAAAAUGCUAACAUCAAUAAACUGAUAGGCAAAUGCACUCUGUGUCCCACUUCAAAUGUCCAUUAGUCAUCCUAAUUUAGUUUUUAUGUGGUUCACCUAAAUUGUUUUAGGAAAAUGCUGAGAUGUAAGACCAUGGCUGAAUUUGCUCCCUCAUCCUGGCCUACCAGAGAUAACACCCUACCUUUAAUAAGUUCCAGGUAAACAAAUCACUAAAGACUCAAUGAUUCAUCUGUUCAUAUUUUUCAAGUGAAACCAUAAUUUGACUUCUCUGACCGAAAGAUACUAUGAGGAGAAUUCAAUAAGAAAUGCAACGCAUUUCUUUUGUAGCCAAUUUUGGUUGAAAAAGUGCAGAAUUUGUUGUUGGAUAUUCUCACUUCAGCCUCUAUAGUUUCGUGAAGUUUUGACAGGUGCUGGUGCUAUGUAUAGCCUUCAAAAUGGCAUCUGUAAUGGAACUACAUUCCAAACAGAGAGUCAUUGAGUUUCUUUUUGCAGAAAACCAGAGGAUCACAGAUAUUUGCAAUCACUUGCAGAAUGUUAACAGAGACCUGGCAGUGAACAAAAGCAUGGUGAGUCAUUGGGUGAAGUAUCUGUCAUCAAGCAACAAAGUCGAGCGGACCUGUCUGAUCUCCCGCUUGCCAGCCGGCUGUACACAACUGUGACUCCUGCAGUGCUGGAAUGUGCAAGACACUAUCAUUUGAGGUUGUCACAAAAAUUGCAAAUGAACUGCUCCUUCUUCAUGACAAUGUAAGACCUCACACUAGUCUGUCCAUCCUACAGAAUGCUCUUAAAACUAUAUAGGACUGUUCCUCCGCACCUAACCUACAGUCUAGGUCUCUCACUUUCUGAUGCCAUCUGUUUGGUGCAACAAAGGAUGCAAUCCAUGGGAAGCAUUAUGUGGUUGAUAGUGAGGUUAUUGAUGCAGCAAGACAUUAACUCUUAUGUUGACCAGUACAGUGGUACCAUGUGUGCAAUACAGACCCUCCCAGUAAGGUGUCAUAAGCCCAUCACAUUGA